UUGCGCUUGGUCGUGCGUACUGGGAGCGUAGCGGGUGCGCGGACAUCCGUGUGGUGGCCGAAAACUGUUGGUGUGUUAUAAUCCAAGAACAAAUACGCAAGCGGACGGAAAUUAGGAGAGAAAAAAGUUGGAUAAAUGCAGAAGUGAUGCUAGAAUUGGUUUGAGUGAAGUCGGGAGAAGGGUAGAAAGUGGUGGAGACGUGUGGACGGGUAUUCUGAUGGGUUUGUACGAAGAUUCCGGGGCACCGCAGGAAAUGUACUGGCAGUACGGGUCCUCUGAGGGUGCCUACGACCCCGGCUGUGACCCAUCGCCCACCAUGCCUCAGCUCCACGACCACGCCCACGCCCACGACCAGGCCAGCGCCCACGAGCAAGCACCGCUCACGCCUUCGUCCUCCUCCUCCUCGUCCAACUCCUCGGCCGGAUCCUCGUCUUCGGGUGGCCCAGCGUCCUUCGUCAGCCCCUGCAGCGACCGCGGCAACAACUACGUCUCGCCGGGAUCGGACGCGGGAUCCACGGGCAUCGGCUCCCCAGGGACGGGCUUGUCGUCCGGCGGCGGGAUCUCGAGCAUCUCCUCGAGCGGGGAAGGCAGCAACGAGACCUCCUUCUGCGCCGGCUGCUCGGAGAGGAUCGUCGACCGAUUCUACCUGCUGGCGGUGGAGCGGAAAUGGCACGCCGGCUGCCUGCGCUGCGUCGCCUGCCACACCUCCCUCGACGCCGCCGUCACCUGCUUCGCCCGCGACGGACACAUCUUCUGCCGGGAAGACUACCACAGGUUGUUCAGCAUGAGACGAUGCGCAAGAUGUUCCCAGGUCAUCAGUAGUUCCGAACUGGUGAUGAGGGCGAGAGAGUUUGUAUAUCACGUGCAGUGCUUCACAUGUGCCCACUGCAGCGUCCAGCUCACCAAGGGAGAUCACUUUGGCAUGAAUGGCCCCCUCAUUUACUGCCGUGAUCAUUACCAGAUGUCCACCUCUCUGGAGGGCGGCUACAUCACGCCCAUGGGGAUGCCUCCGGGGGCUCUGCCGGGCGGCCCCCUCCCCACGGCCCCCACGGCCCCACGGCGUGCACCCCCACCCCCCCCCGAGGUGAUGCAGGGGUUCCCGCCCCCCGACCACGGCGGCAAGAUUCCCUUCUUCAACGGCGUGGGCGCGCACCACAAGGGCAGGCCCAGAAAGCGGAAGCCCAAGGACGAGCCCAUGGACACCAACAUGAACAUCCCAGGCGGCUAUGACCCCGAGGGCGUGUACGGGCCCAUGGGGACGCCCUGCCAAUCCGUGCGAACCAAGAGGAUCCGAACUUCCUUCAAGCACCACCAACUGCGGACCAUGAAGGCGUACUUCGCCCUCAACCACAACCCCGACGCCAAGGACCUCAAGCAACUGUCGCAGAAGACGGGGCUGUCGAAGCGCGUCUUGCAGGUGUGGUUCCAGAACGCCCGAGCGAAAUGGCGGCGGAACAUGAUCUCGAAAGACCCGAAGGCCCUGGCCGGCGGCGGGGGCGGCGAGGGCGGCCUGGGCGAGGGUCCGGCGGGCGAGGGCUCCGUGGGCGACUACCCCGACACGCCCACCGUGCCGCCCUCGGCCAUGAGCCCCGACGAAGGCAACAGUUCCCAGGUGUCGUACCAGCAGAUGUUCUGACACCUAUCCCUGGGAGACCAUGAAGGCCACCUGC